AUGGUGCACUUGCUUGAUCUCCCCGAUGAACUCCUUCUCAUGGUCAUCCAGUGCCUCGACAACGACAGACCAGAGAUCUCACUGAACUUUUGGAACUUGCCGAGAUGGUGCAGCCAAGCAACAAAGCGCUGCAAACGUUCCCAGCGCGUUCAACAUCUCCACGCGCUCUUGCUCGUCUCGCGCCGUUUCCACAGCUUUGUCGAACCAUUCUUUUACCGCGACCUUCGCGUUGAGGAAGGACAAAACGCGGAGCUGUACAAUACACUCACACAGAAUCCUCGGCUUUUAAGCCACAUAAAAUCAGCCAUUAUCAACUCCUCCACGUUCCGCAGGGAUGGUUACAACCUACUCUGGAAAAGCCCUAUUCAAACUCUCACCCUGGUGAAAAUCGACAACCUCCACCCUCUCGAGUAUGUUUCUCAGGACGACCGCGCCGGCAAUUCCUCCAUCCAAAGACUGAAUUUGAUGCGCUGUUCCGCCGAGAUACCGGUCCUCACUGCUAUCCUACGCUGGCCCGCUGCCCUGAAGGCUAUCCACUACGAUGUUACUGAUCAGUCGCGGCGACAUCUUCCUGGCAGAUCGAGCUGGAAUACUGGCCUGCGUGUUCCUACUUGGCCAUGUCCAAGCUUUGUACAGGCACUCCAAUCCCAAAAAGCGACAUUGCAAGAGAUCACAAUGACCAGACAGUUUCCCCCUGAAGCUGAGGAGGGUCCACAGAUUGAGCUCUGCGAGUUCGGCUCGCUCUCAAUACUUCGUAUCACUUACGCCUUCAUCUGCAACUGGGGGAACUCCCACGACGCGUGGAAAAGUCUUCCGCCAAACCUAGAAACAUUAGAGGUUUUUUAUGAUGAUGAAGAUUGGGAGAUCGAGUUUUUUGAAGGUUGGGAGCUUCCCGGCUUUACCGACCUUGACUGGGAAGGCGCGCAAUGGCUCAGAAAUCUACUCGAUCGAAAGAAGACGCAAUUCUCGAAGUUAUCUAGAAUCACAAUCCGUAAUCCGCGGAGUGACCCCGACAACGACCUGGAUAUCUGGCCUUCUGAAACAGAUGAAUAUAUGCGUCCGUGGAAACUCCCAGACCUCAUCUCGAAACGAUGCAGAGACGCUGGUGUGGAGUUGACGGUUUUGGUUGAGGAGGACCCACCGAGUUCCAUCGAGGACUAUGAUGCCAUUGAUAUUCUCUAA